AUGUCUGGAACACGGAAGAAGGCACUCUUGAAAGUUAUUAUUUUGGGUGAUUCUGGAGUUGGAAAAACUUCAUUGAUGAAUCAAUAUGUAAAUAGAAGAUUUAGCAAUCAAUACAAAGCAACUAUUGGUGCUGACUUUUUGACAAGAGAUGUACAAAUUGAUGAUAGAACUGUUACAUUGCAGGUAAUUUUUUGGAUUCUUAAUAAUAACUUGAUCAACUGAAAAAUUUUUUUCAGAUCUGGGACACAGCUGGUCAAGAACGAUUCCAAUCUUUGGGUGUUGCUUUUUAUCGUGGAGCUGAUUGUUGUGUUCUUGCUUUUGAUGUCACAAAUGCUGCUUCUUUCAAAUCUCUCGAUUCGUGGAGAGAUGAAUUUUUGAUUCAAGCCAGGUUAUUUUAUCCAAAAAUUGAAUUCAUUUCUCAAUAUUUUUUUGUUUCAGCCCUCGUGACCCCGAUCAUUUUCCAUUCGUUUUGCUCGGAAACAAAGUUGAUUUGGAAUCACAACGCGCUGUUUCAUCAAAACGUGCUCAAUCGUGGUGUCAAAGCAAAGGAAAUAUUCCAUAUUACGAGGUUUCGGCCAAAGAAGCAUUGAAUGUCGAAGCUGCAUUUUUGGCAAUUGCUCGCGAUGCACUUGCAAGAGAAUCUCAAGAAUCCAAUGAUUUCCCAGAAUUUCCUGAUCAAAUUCGUCUUAAUCCAAACCAACAAUCAAAUUCUUCUGGAUCUGGAUGCAACUGUUAA